UAAAAUUGUGCGCACUUCGAGAUCUCGGCAACGUUUCCAAAAUGGACGCUUCAGAGAGACAUGCAUCCAAGUUAGAUUCAAUUAUUCAAGAACUAAAGGACAAGUAUGAAAAGGCUGUUAGAAACAACCCGCAGACCGUUGCUCAAGUUGAAUCUGCAAUACGGAUAUUAUCUUUUCUUGUUGCAGGACGCUUUGAGAAUGGGGACUUAAUAUCUGAACUGGUGUAUUCUGCAUCAAACCUUCUGGUGUUUCUAAAUGACAAUAUCUUCAAGAAAGCUUCAAAAUACAUCGCUGAUGCUAAUAAAUUUGCAACUCACCUGCGCAGGUGGUUGACAGUCUUGGACCAUGUGGAAGUGUUCCUAGAGAUGGGGGCACGAAAGAGGUGGGGCACAAAGGGGGCCUGGAUAGUCAUAACCAUCAUACACAUUGUCAAGACAGCUUUACGGUUCUAUUUGCUGAUCAAGAUGGAGGCUGGCAUGGUGUCAACGCCAGCCAUUCCUGCAGUUGACCGUGAAAUUCUAAAGACAUCGGAGGAACAUGAUAGACUUGAAGAUGUGUUUGACGAAGAGAUUGAAAAUAGUGCCCAACAGAAAACCUUCAAAUUGAAAAGUUCUGGACGUGAAAUACGCACAUUAGAUGCAGCAGGACACAACAACAUUCGUAGCUGGGGUGUGCCACAGAACGGCAAGGUGAGCCCAGAGGCAAACUUGUUGGCUAGGAAACAACGACUUCUUACACAACUACCAACACCACUUUCGGGCAAAAGAAUCUGGGCAGAGGGCUUGCAUUGUGCCCGUCCACUGGCUCACUUAUUAAGCAUGUAUGCAUUUGGAAUGGAUUCCUGGAAACCGUGGCUGGUUGCACUUGGGCUGGACAUGACAAGUCAGAAGCUGUAUGGGGACCUAAAGGACCUCAAUCCUAGAGAGCAGCAGGAGGUGAAGAGGCGGAACAUGAUGUUGCUGUACUACCUGAUGAGGUCACCAUUCUAUUGCAACUACACCAAGUCUCGGCUGACUGCUGUUCUGACAGUUAUAUCUCAGUAUGUGCCUCUCAGCGGAUUUGUGAUUAGACCCUUACUUGGCUAUUUGCCGACGUGGCAGGCCAUGUAUUUCUACGUCUGGGCCACCUAAACAUGGGACCAUCUAAGGAAAUUCUUCCUUCCAGACCAUGGCAUCAUAUCAUAGUUUUCAUGCCCGGUGGACAAAAGUAUUUGUUUGUGAAAUUACUCUAUGAAAAAUUACACAAAAUAUAUUAUAAAUCACUCGCCCU